AUGCCAACGAACCCCUCUCCCAUAUCAAGCCAGCCUGAACCUCCCCAUAACAAGCUGGCCUUCCCGUCCCCCCAUACCAAACCAGCCCGACCCUCCCCCAUACCAAGCCAGCCUACCCCACCCCAUACCAAGCCAGCCUACCUUCCCCCUACCAAACGUAGCCCACCCCUCCCCCAUACCAAGCCAGCCUACCCCUCCCAUAACAAGCCAGCUACCCCUCCCCAUACCAAGCCAGCCUACCUUCCCCCUACCAAACGUAGCCCACCCCUCCCCCAUACCAAGCCAGCCUACCCCUCCCAUAACAAGCCAGCUACCCCUCUCCAUACCAACCAGCCUACCCCUCCCCAGACCAAGCCAGCCUACCCCUCCUCUACCAAGCCAGCCAACCCCUCCCCCAUAUACCAAACUAGCCCAACCCUCCCCUACCAAGCCAGCCCACCCCUCCCCAUAACAAGCCAGCCUACCCCUCCCCUACCAAGCCAGCCUACCCCUCCCCCAUAUACCAAGCUAGCCCAACCCUCCCUACCAAGCCAGCCUACCCCUCCCCAUAACAAGCCAGACUACCCCUCCCCUACCAAGCCAGCCAACCCCUCCCCCAUAUACCAAUCUAGCCCAACCCUCCCCUACCAAGCCAGCCUACCCCUCCCCAUAACAAGCCAGACUACCCCUCCCCAUAACAAGCCAGCCUACCCCUCCCCAUACCAAGCCAGCCUACCCCUCCCCAUACCAAGCCAGACCCCUCCCCAUGCCAAGCCAUCCUACCCCUCUCCCAUACCAAGCCAGCCUACCCCUCCCCAGACCAAGCCAGACCCCUCCCCCAUGCCAAGCCAGCCUACCCCUCUCCCAUACCAAGCCAGCCUACCCUCCCCAGACCAAGCCAGACCCCUUCCCCAUGCCAAGCCAGCCUACUCCUCUCCCAUACCAAGCCAGCCUACCCCCCCAUGCCAAGUCAUCCUACCCCUCCCCCAUAACAAGCCAACUUGA